AUUUCUUAUCACUUCAACAGAUGAUAAUAAUUGUUGUUGUUGGGAAUUUUGAAUUUUUAAAUCUGAAAAUUACCAAAAAUGAAUGCAUUUUUGUUUCGAAUUUACCGAUAAAAAAUGAGUUUUAAAUGUGCUAUUUGUGAUUUCAAUAGUUCCCGAAAAGAUAACCUGAAACGACAUAUUCUAACUGUCCACUCGAAGCAGAAAAAUGACGCCAGAGGAAACGAAAUCAAAGUUCCAUGUCGAAGAAGUCGAUUUUUAUGUUAUAGAUCCGACUGUGAUAACGCUUCCAAAACAUAUUCUCAAUAUUGUAACCAUUUAACGACCGAACACCAAGAAAAAUUGACUGUUGUCAGUUUACAAUUCUUAAAUUUCGAAGAGUUUCAGAAAUGGAAGUCGGAUUUCGAAAAACAAACUUGUUCGAUGUAUGUUCAGAAUUCUGCCGUGAAGAAGCUCGUCCAAGGCGUAACUUAUUAUUAUUUCUGUCAUCGUUCAUUCUUCAAAAACAAACAUCCUAAAAAGAAAACGAAAUAUCGACAGAAGAACGCUGGCUCCAAUAAACUGGGUAGAUGUUGCCCGGCCAUGAUAAAGGCGGUAGUUAGCGAUGGAAAAGUUUCAGUCGAAGUAUGUUCCGUUCACUUGGGACAUGAAUGUGAUAUUGGUCGUUUACGUCUCAGUGUUGAGGAUAAUAAUAUAAUCGCAGGAAAAUUGAUCGCCGGUGUUCCACCUAGACGUAUUUUGCGAGAAAUUCGAGAAGAAGCGCCGCCAAAACUAAGUCGUAUUCAUUUCGCCGAAAUGAGUGAUAUAAAUAAUAUCAAAAAACGUUACCGUAUCAAGUCCUCCGGUCCUCUACGUUUAGAGGAAAAUGAUCGAAUCAACUUGGAAACGUGGAUUCGUGACAAAACGUCUCAAGAAACCGACAAUCCGGUUUUAUUUUACAAGGAUCAAAACAGCGAUUUACAAGGUUUCGAUAGAUCGGAUUUCAUCCUCGUUUUAAUGACUGAUUUUCAAAAAGAUAUGCUGAUGAAAUUCGGAGAUAACACAAUAUGUAUCGAUGGUACUCAUAGCCUCAACGAAUACGACUUCCAGUUAUUUACGUUACUCGUUUUAGACGAAUACCACGAAGGAAUUCCAGUCGCUCACUGUUUCUCUAAUCUAGCGUCGUUCGAAGUGUAUAAAUUAUUCUUCGGUGAAAUUAGAACGAAAUUAAAUAAAUCCGUCAAACCGUUCGUCUUCAUGUCUAACGGAGAGCCAGCUUUUUACGAAGCGUGGACCGAAGUUAUGUCAGCAGCUCAACACCAAUUGAUGUGUAGAUGGCAUCUGAAUAAAACCUGGAUCGCUAAUUUAUCGAAAAUUACGAAAUCGGAAAAACGAAGCGUAGUUUUACAGACUUUAAACGUACUGAUGAUGGAACAAGAUGUUGAGAUUUUUGAAGAUUCUUUGCAUAAUUUGCUGAAUCAAUUGCAAUCAGACAAAGACACCGUUAUGUUUUACCAUUAUUUCAACAAUAAUUUCACAUCCAACGUUCAAAUCUGGGCUCAGUGUCAUCGUCCUUUCGUCCCAAUACACACGAAUAUGGGAUUAGAAGCUCUCCAUAAGAACAUAAAGUUCAAUUACUUGGACGGUCUUCGAUGCGUCAAACUCGAUAAAACCAUAUACGCGUUAAUGUGCCUAAGCAGAGACAAGAAAUUCGAACGGAUGAUUAAAUUAGCCAAACAGAAACCGAGUAAAAAACUUCUACGAAUUAAGAAAAGUCACGAAAAAUCCUUAGAAUGUGGCGAAGUGGAAGAAUUAGGAGGAGAUAAAUGGAUGGUUCAUUCUUCGGUCGAUAGUUCUAAAAAAUACCAAGUGAAGCUGGUGAAAUACGAGCCAUGUUGUAUUCACGUAUGCAAAGAGUGCAAGAUAUGUUUGCAUAUGGUAACUUGCUCCUGCCCCGAUAACGUGAUUAAGCAGAAUAUUUGCGAACAUAUCCAUGCGGUGAUGCGAUCCCAUACUGUUGCCAUGGUUCACGAUUUCGAUCAUGUACCAGAAAAAAAAAUCGAAAUGGAUGUGGUCGAUGAUGUUGAUGCGGCGUUACUGGUCAAAGAAGAAUACGAAGAUGUGCCUGCUGAUCCUUUGAUGAUUUUAUCGGAAAAUGAGGUUGAAAUAUGUACUGCCGAAGAUGAUGAUGAUGACGAUGAUGAUGUAAUGGUUUCCAGUGAUGCGGAUUUAGAAGACGAAGCCGAUCGUAAAAAACUUGUGACUGAUGAACUUUUAAUGUUGUGUGGUGCUAUAAAUAAUCGAUCUGCGCCGUUGACCAAGGAAAUGUGUUCUGAAGUUUUGAAAUAUAUUCGACGUGCUAAUGCAGUGAUGAAAUUUAACGUUUGAUAUCCGAUGAGAACGUCAGAGAAGAACCAAAGAAGAAAAUUCCAGAAUAUUAUCUAUUUUGUGAAGUUUUACGAAAAUGAAGAUGGUAUUUUUUGACUGAUUCAAGGUCGCCAAGUCCAAAUACUGUUAUUUCUGAUUUUUUUUUUGUCGAAGUGCGUUUAAAAAAUCUGACUUUUUAGAAAACAAUUUUUGGAUCAGUUUUGAGUUCAAGAUUGGCCCAUUUUCCGAGAAAAACCCAUAAGUAAUCAUAUGAGCAUGACCAUUGUGAUGAAAUUGUCGAGCUGAAAAAUCACCCUUUCUUAAAUUUCGUCAAUUUCGACUCAAUAUUCGAUAUUGUAAUUUUUUAAGCAGGCUUUGUAAUUUCUGAAUUUUUUAAUUUUUCAAAAAAAAAAAUGUAAAUUACAAUGAAAACUUUUUUUUGGGUAAUUUGAGGUUUCCCAGUCCGAAUCAGGUGUCUGUCUAUGCACCGAUCGUUCCUUCGUCUAGAAAUAACGAUUUCAUCUGAAAAACUCAUCUUAUAAAAAAAAACUACGAACUGAGGCUCAAUUAUGGAGACUUUUUCGUGCUCGGUGACUUCGAUGAAAGUCGAAAAUUAAUCAAAAAACGUGAUUAAAACUCGACUUUUUAGAAAACAACUUUUGAUUCAAUUUCAAGCCGAAAAUUGAACCGUUUUCCAAACAAAAACAAAAACUCUGCACUUUGGUGAAAAUAUGACAUCGGCUAUCCUAUUAUUUUCAUAAUCAAUGUUUUUCUAGUUAUUUACCUACUCAGGUUAAUCAAUUUAAUGUUGAGAAUUAAAUGUACGAAUUGCUCCUCUUUUUUUAUAUCAAUAAAUUGUUUGUUUAUCGUAA